CAAUUUUUAAAUAAUUUUUUUGUUUUUAAUGUGUAAAAGUCAAGAACACCCUGUGCACCUGUUCCCAGAGCAGAAAAUAUAAAAUAACUUCUCUGAUGUUCCCUAUCAACAGUGCUACCAAGUUCAUUGUCAUUAUACCGGCUGUUAUUUUUCGUUCACCUGCGUUUGUAACAGUCGGUUUUCCCUUUCUUUCCAUAUCGCCAGUUCGAUACUUUUUUCUUACUCGCACUUUCUCAGCUGAGUUUACUGUCAGAAUCGGCCGCUUCAGUCACUGGAACGACGCACACAGAGGGCAGCGGCCGAUGAAAAUCAACGGCGAAAGAGAAUUCUGUUAACUACAACAAAAAAUAUUUGCGUUAGCAGAGAAGCCAGUCAACGGGCAACGAAAACGAAAAGAUACGUCGCACGGAUGCGGACAGAACGGCGAAAAAAUCGAAUAACGAAUCGGCCACAAAAGCGAAAAACUGUGAAACGGAGAAUCGGUGCGUCGCCAGAGGGCAGUGAAGUAAAGUUGGAUAAAAUCGCCAAAAAUUUGUGCACUGUGCAAAAGGUCGUAUCGCAAAGUUAUCGAUUUAGUUUGGAGAUUAGCUCCAUUUCCAGGCAGAAAAGGCGACAAAAUUGUGCGAAAACAGCGUAAAGGUAAAAAAGCUCUCAAAUCCAGGAAGAAAUUAAAAGCAGAAGGAACAGAGACUGCUGACAUUGGUGGUGUAAAGUGUGUGGAUAAUCGUAGUGACGGCCGGUGUGCUGUUGAUUCGCAAGCAAUCGUUGUUGGUGUUGUUGGCAGUGCAAGUAAUUGUGUUAGUGUUAGUAGUGUUGGUGUCGACGUACGGUGCACCAAGAAGCAACAUAGCCAAGGAGCAGAACGGGGUAAACGAAAAAAAAGAAAAAACGCACCACAAGGUGCUGCAAAGGCAACGACAACGAAGAAGACUGGGCGAACAGUCUCUAGAGGAAAAUCAGGUGGUGCGGGUAAGAAGGUAACAGCAUCAGCUGAAAUCGGAGCCGGUAGCGUAAGCGGUCGCAGCAGUGGUAGCGAAAAUAAUAGUAAUAGUAGUAGUAGCAGCAGCAGCAGAGCUAGCGUCGGCGCAGGCGCGGACACAGAAGAAAAGCAGCUGACCGCAACGCCACCACUACGCAGGACACGCAGCCAACAGCAGCUGCAAGAGGAGACGACGCCUAGUAGAACUGGUGGAGCAGCACGUAGUAGUGGUGUUCGACGCACGCACGCUGCUCCAGCAGCUGCGGACGCUGUUGGCAAAGGCUGCGAGUUGACAAUUACUAUGGCGGAGACGGGCUGUAAGCAUUUCCAGGCGUACGUGAAGGAGCAAAGCUUAGAUACGUUUCGCAUUAUUGAUGCAUACUUUUCGGCGUGUGUGAAUAAGGAUGCGCGCGAGAAAAAGGCGCUUUCCUGCUGUUGCUUUGAGUGUGGCAGCUACGGUUUACAAGUGUAUGCUUGCCUCCAUUGCAUCUACUUUGGCUGUCGUGGCGCACACAUAGCUACACACUUACGUGCGAAAAAGCAUUCAAUCGCAUUAGAGCUAUCACACGGCACACUGUAUUGCAACUCUUGUCGUGAUUUCAUCUAUGAUACGCGUUGUCGAGAGAUAGCAGGUGUUAACCGACGUUUGGAAGCGAAAGAUCUGAGUAAAAGUCUCAGCUGGCAGCCAUGGAUACCAACGCCAAAAGAGACAAAUUUGCUGUUAGCUAACCCGCGUCGUCGUCGUAUACGUGCCAAUGAGACAAUAGGCCUACGCGGUUUAAUUAAUCUCGGCUCCACAUGUUUCAUGAAUUGCAUAGUGCAGGCAUUAAUUCAUACGCCACUGCUAUCUGAUUAUUUCUUAUCGGAGCGACACGAGUGCAAUGCUAAGUCAUCGUUGAAGUGUCUUGUCUGUGAGGUUUCGCGUUUAUUUCAAGAAUUCUACAGUGGCUCUCGCUCACCAUUAUCAUUGCAUCGGUUAUUGCAUUUGAUCUGGAAUCAUGCAAAACAUUUGGCCGGCUAUGAACAACAGGAUGCACAUGAAUUUUUUAUAGCCACGCUGGACGUGCUGCAUCGUCACUGCAUUAAAGCUAAAACAGAGGUUGAGAGUGCCAACAAAUUGAAUAAUGCCACAUCGUCGAGUGGCAGUGGUACCGGUGGUAGCUCCGGUAGUGGUAGUCACAAUACGAAUACGGCUGCAAAUGUGAAUAGCAACUGUCCAACACAAUGUAACUGCAUUAUAGAUCAAAUUUUCACCGGCAUGUUACAGAGUGAUGUCGUUUGUCAGGAGUGUAAAGGCGUUUCGACCACCAUUGAUCCGUUUUGGGACAUAUCAUUGGAUUUAGGCGAGACGGCGCAUGGUGGUAGCACACCAAAGACGCUAAUCGAUUGUUUGGAGCGUUAUACACGCGCCGAACAUCUCGGUGAAUAUGGUAAAAUAAAAUGUUCCACCUGCAAAUCGUAUCAGGAAUCGACAAAGCAGUUUAGCCUACGCACACUGCCUAGCGUGGCGAGUUUUCAUUUGAAACGCUUCGAACAUGUAUCCACAUUGAUUGGCAAGAAGGUCUCUACGUUCAUCUCAUUCCCCGUCGAGCUAGAUAUGACGCCGUUUAUGUCGGAGAAGAAUAAUGCUUACGGUGAUUUUCGCUACUCACUAUAUGCCGUGGUCAAUCACGUAGGCACUAUCGAUUCUGGCCAUUAUAUAGCCUAUGUGCGUCAUCAUAAAGAUACUUGGGUUAAGUGUGAUGAUCAUAUUAUCACAACGGCAACAUUGAAGCAGGUGCUGGACAGUGAGGGCUAUUUACUAUUUUACCACAAGAACAUUUUGGAAUAUGAAUAGACUGUUUAAACGUAAUAAUAAUAUUAAUUAUAAAAUACAACAACAAACUACUACCCUUAGUACUACAUAAUGACAACAAGAUUAAAAAAAUACAAAAACGUACCACAGCAAACUACAUUUACAAUUACAACAAAAACAAACAAAUACUUAAGCUAUUAUUAAUAAUGCCGUAAACAAACGCUGUAUGUGAACAGCGAGGAAGAAGCGGGGCAGCAAGAUAAAACAAAAAACAAAUAAAAUAAGUAUUUGUUGGAGCAGUAAAAAUAAGCAACAAAAAUAGCAGCCAAGGAGAAAUACAGUGAAAGCCAAUAAAUUUGUGCAACUUUAGCUGUCGGGAUCAUGUGUUCGUGCUAACGCGCUAAUGUGUGGAUGCACAAAGCAUGUGGCGUAAGUGCAGACGCCAGCGCGCAUAGCUGCCUGUAGCAUUCAUAAUUUUGCUCUUAUUGUCGAAACGCUAGUAAUAACGCUGAAACCAACAGUAAAAACAAAACUCUUAAUGCUAAAUAUGAUUUAAAAAAA